AUGAAGAAAUUAAUUCAAUUACAAAUACUUUGGGCAAUAAUAAUUGGGGUUAGCACGCAAACAUGUCAACCACCAACAACUCCCCCAAUAUGUACAUGCACAUGGGAAACCUCUCCUGGCGUUACAUCGACUGUUCAAAUGACAACCGCAGGAAGUACAGUUGGCCCUACUACUGGAUAUCCAUAUGUACCUCCAGAAACCGAAGCUUCAACAAGUACUGCAGGUCCUACUCCAGCAAUAGUAAAACGGAUUGAUCUUCCGGUUGAUCUUCCUCUCAUAUUUCUGUGA